AUAUGGAUCAACUAAGGUUAAAAAUCCAUCAGCCACCCUUGGCUGGGUUCAUCAUUCACGAACCAGGUCCCUUUCUCUGCCAGAGGCGUUGAUCGCCUGUGCCAUCCCGCGGGCGGUCAUGCUUUCGGUUCCGGAAAACCUCCGCCGACACUUCAAUAUUAAGGUAUACGUUGUAAAGAGUAUAGGAUGUUGUUUAUAGCUCACAUGCUCUGGGUUGCUUUCGCAUAUGAUAGAUUCCAAUCUUCCAGAAAUGGUUUUCCGCCGCGCGAAUCAUAUACUAGUGGUUCACCCCCUUCACCUUUCGGAGACUGUCCGUACGAAUAUGCGAGAUCAUCGUGGGUCACAGCAAGAGCACUUAAAUAGGCUUCCACGAUUUGGGUCUGUGAAGACUGAUUACAAACAAAAUCGAUCUAAUCUAACUACCAUAAUUUCGGCGAAAAGGGUGUCCAUCCUCAACCCAAAACAGUAUCAGGAGGGGACAGAACCAAGAGCGCACAAGCCACCAGAAAAGGGGCAUGCGCUUAUCUAUGCUGUUCGGGGAAGUACUAUCCCAGAACCGAACUACAACUUCCCCGAGUGUCAGGCGACUCCACUAUUUUCCGGAAGAUCCUGGAGCCUGGAGGAAUAUUAUGUUUCCUCACGUGCUCCACAGGACCCUAUUCGAGCGGAAUUACCAUUUCCAUGCUGCUGGAAGAACAAUUCCACUGGAAGAUCUUCCUAAAGUGGCUUGGAACGGUUGAUACUGAUCCUCGACCAAAUCCCGUUCCCAUGCCAUCGAUACGUGCGUCGACCCAUCCACCCUUCCACCAGCGAACGUUGGGACAAUAUCGUGUGAACUGAUCAAUUAUGCUUCCAUUACGUAACUACAGACCUUAUGUUAGGAGAAAGAACCGGGGAUAGCCUCGGGUUUGUGCAUACGCAUACCCGGUGAUUGACCU